AUGAAAGAAAUUCUUACUGAAAUGAAUGCAACGAUGAAUAAAUUAGAAAAAGAAAAAAUUUUGUCAUGGUCGGAUUUUGAUAAUCUUCUAGCAAAGUAUAAUUGGACCUAUGAGGAUUACGAAUGUGCUCUUCGUGUUGUUCAUACUAGAACGACCAUGAUUCAUAAAAGAGAACCUAAUGCACGAUGGGUUAAUCAAUAUAAUGAAGAAAUAUUGAAAGCAUGGAAUGCUAAUAUGGAUAUUCAAUUCGUACUUGAUCCAUAUGCUUGUGCAAAAUAUCUUAUGUCAUAUACAACAAAACCAGAACGAGAAAUGAGUUUAUUACUAGAAGCAACUCAUAAAGAAUGUCGUGAUGGAAAUAUGUCCGUUCGAGAAGAAAUGAAAAAAUUAACAGGUACAUUUUUUAAUCAUCGACAAGUUAGUGUACAAGAAGCUAUUUAUCGUGCUACUAAAAUGCCACUAACAUAUUCAAGUCGAGGUUUUGUUUUUGUACCAGCACAUUCAAAUAGUUGUAAAUUUUUAAAAUCACAAAAUAUAUUAAAAGAAUUGGAUCCAGAUGACGAAAAUAUAUAUAUGUCUAACUUAGCUGACAAAUAUUUUGAUAGACCAGAAGAACCGGAAUUCGAUAUUUGUAUGGCAGAUUUUGCUUCUGAAUAUGAAAUCAUAUCGAUUAAUAAAAACAUUAAAAAUCCAAAGACUCCAAUUAAACGAUUACAAACAUUAAAUUUUGCUAUUAAGAAACGUUGUAAUCGUAAUGCUAUUAUUCGGUAUCCAUAUUUCAAUAGAGAAACAGAUAGAGAAAAUUAUUUUGAAAAUCUUCUUUCUCUCUAUUUACCGAUAAGAAGUCGAAGUGAAUUGAAAAAACCUUAUGAAUUGUUUUAUGAAAUAGGUGAAAUAUUUGAUGCUCGACAACAAUGUAUAAGAAAAGUAAAAGAAAUUGUCUAUGAAAAUCGAAAAAAAUAUGAAGCUCAUUGGAAAGAAACAGAUGAAGCGGAAUCAUUAUUUAAUCAAUUAUCCGUAGAUAUGAAAGACAACGAAUGGGCUGAAAUUGUUGCUAAUAAAGAAAAGGAUAAUACAUGGUCAGGAGAUAUUGAACGAGAAGAUAAUCCCGAUUUUAAUAUUAUUCAUAAAGGAAAAAAUAAAAAUACGUUCAUUGACUUGAAGCAAACUUUUGCUACUACAAAUGAAAUAAGACCCUUCUUAGAAUCGAUGAACUAUGAACAACAAGAAGUAUUUUAUUAUGUUCGAGAAUGGUGUACAAAACGCUUACAUAAUCCUGAUGUUGAACCUCUUCGUUUGUUCAUUACGGGAGGAGCAGGCACAGGUAAAAGUCACCUUUUGAAAUGUCUUCAUUACGAAGCAACAAAAAUUUUUUCUCGAAAAAAACACUUAGAACCUGAUGAAAAUAUUGAUGAAAUUCAUACAUUGAUUACAGCUUUCACAGGUGCAGCAGCUGUCAAUGUUGGUGGAGUAACUAUUCAUAGUGCAUUCGGGAUUGGAACUCAAAAUAAUACUUUAAGCGAUAAUUUAUCUUGCGAUAAAUUAAAUAGUUAUCGUUGUAAGUUGGGUACACUUAAAUUAUUAUUUGUUGAUGAAGUUUCUCUUAUACAAGCAAGUUUAUGGGGUGCUAUGCAUUCUCGUCUUACUCAAAUCAUGGGUAUACAUUCGAAUACAGCUAUUUUUGGUAAUGUUGGCAUAGUUGCUAUUGGUGACUUUUAUCAAUGCUCACCUGUAGCAUCUUCAAGUAUUUAUUCUUCUUUACUUUGGUCUGAUCACUUUGAAUAUGUUGAACUUAAGAUCAAUGAAAGACAAAAAACAAACUUUUUUUUCUCACAAAUGCUUAAUCGUAUUCGAAAAACUAAAAAAAAAGAAGAUAUGAGUAAAGAAGAUCGUGAUGUGCUUGAAAAAUGUCAUCAACGUUAUUUGAAUAAAGAAUAUCAUCCAGAAGCAUUGCACCUUUUUGCUAGAAAUGCUCAAGUUGAUGCACAUAACGAAGAAAUGAUUGAGAAAAUUUGCACAAAUAUUCGUAUAUUCUAUGAAGUUAAUAAUAAUGAUAAAGAAAUAAAAACGAACGAAAAAACAGAAAGAAAAAAAAAUAGUAAGCCAUUACGACUUGCUAAAAAUGCUCGUGUGAUGAUGACGAAAAAUAUUUGUGUAAAUGAUGGAUUAGCAAAUGGUGUCACAGGUCAUAUUGUAGAAUUUGUAGAAAAUAAUAAUAAAGAUGUUUCUCAUAUAAUAAUUAAAUGUGAUUCAUCUAAAGUUGGACGUCUUCAUAGACGUAGUUGUCCACAUUGUCAUGGGCGAGAUACAAUAUGUGUGAUGCGAGAAAGUAACACUACUGAUCGACUAGAAUAUGAUUCACAAUCAAAAAAAGGUACAAAACAAUUUCCUUUACGUCUUAGCUGGGCAAUGACUAUACAUAAAGCUCAAGGAAUUACUGUUGAUCAAGUUGUUAUUAGUACGAAAGAUUUUUUUGGAAGUGGAAUGGGAUAUACAGCAUUAUCACGUGUUCGUAUCCUAGAAGGACUAUUUCUUAUUGAUUUACACUUUGACAAAUUCUACUGUAACGAAAAUGUUGAUAGAGUUCUUUCUCAAAUGAAAAUAAUGAGAAAAAAACAAUUAAUAUUUCAAGAAUCUUCACAAUUCUUGAAUAUAUUGUUUCACAAUAUUGAAGGAUUAAAAUGUCAUUUUAAAGCAUUUUCUAAUUACCAUUUAUUACAUAAAGCAGAUUUG